AUGGCGCCCGUUGUCACCCUUUUGCUGCUUUGGAUCGUCGCAGUGGCCGCGCAACAGCCUCUGACGCACACGUACACGGCACUGACGCUGCCCGUCACGUUGUCGCAGGGCCAAGUGACCAACACGUUCCACCGCCUCUCGGUUCCCAAAGGUCCCAUUGCCGUGUACCGAUUCCAGGCGGAGGUUGUCGAGAAAGAUGCCGCUGGAUCUGUCGUGCCCGUGCCCACGUACGACGCGUACCUGCACCACCACGUGGUGGGCUCGACGCACAAACAGUACGACGCCAUGAAGAGCCGACACGCGCCCAUGAAGCCCACAAACUUCAGUCGCAGCGUCGCAUUCGGCGCAGGUACGGAAUGCCGCGGCACUCCACAGGAAUUCGACUUCCCGUAUGCCUUCAUGACGGUCGACGGCGAAGACGAGUGGCUGGCCAAUGUCCACAUUAUCAACACCCGCAACAUGCCCCGCGCACGUGCUCACCGCUGUCUCGAGUGUCCCUGUACGUCCGAAGACACGAUCACGGCCGAUGCAGUCAACGGGCUCCAGUUCCGAGCCCAUAGCUGCAAUGCUCAGCUCGUGUCGGAGGAAAACACGGCCUGUGCUGCCGAGACGUACCACGGCGGACUGCGCUGCUGCAAAGACGCCGAAUUGUGCGUGGAACGGGACGAAGUGGCCGUGGACGACACAGCGAGUGCCGCCACGUACUUCUUGCGCUAUUCCUUGCAGUACGCGGCGAUUGUGCCGCAGAAUCGGCCGCUGUAUCUUGCAGCGUGUUGCGAUGCAUCGGGCGAUCUCGAGCACAUGGGGAACGUCGAGUACGAUGUCCCUGUAUGUGACCCAGACACGCAUCCUGGAUGCGUGCACACGCUGGCGACUCGACAACGACUGGACAAUGGCAGCAUCCCUUUGUUCGCGUACCGUCCACAUGCAUCAGAGCCCGAGCGAGAGGUCGAACUCGUGUAUGCAGUCGGGCACCAGCAUCGCGGUGGGCUGGGGAUCCAGCUCUAUGACGAUGCCACGGGCGACUUACUGUGCGCUUCGGUGCCGGAAUACGGCUCGGGAACCGAACCGGGCAAUGAAGACGGCUACGUCAUCUCGAUGAGCACCUGCACGUUUGACCCGCCUCGCCGCAUGCGCACCACUGACAUUGUCCGCAUCGUGGCGCUGUAUAACAACACAGUGCCGCACACGGGCGUGAUGAGCCUCAUGUACUUGGCACUGAGCGAUAUUCCGCUGGACGACUCGGCUGCUGUGGGUCUAUCGGCGACUCGUUCGGGAAGCAAUAGCUGGGGAUGGCUGAUGCUGAGUGUUGUUGCUGCUGCUGCAGUGGCUUGUGCCGUGGCGUGGACGGUCGCGAUGCGCUGGAAGUACCGAUCAGGAUACACGUCGCUGGGACCCCAACCGAAAUGA